ACAUCCUGGAGUAGAGGCAUUUAUCUCAGCUCAGAGCCUGGCUUUGGAAAUUAAAACGAACCGUUAGAUAAACGAAUAUAUUCAUAAUCAGUUUGGUUCGUCUCUUGCACACUUACCCGUAUACAGCCUACAAACAGGGGCACGCUACCAGACAGAAGGCUCUUAGAAGGCUACAGACGGUCUUUAAGCCUGUGCGCUGCCGCCUUCCCCUCUACUGUAGUUAGCUAAAUAACACUGUCUUUUGAAAAUGGCUACAGACGAGCUCACGUCGAAGCUCACCCGUCGGCUACAGAUUGAAGAAGGAGCCGAAGACCCUGUUGCUGUGGACGUCUCCGAACAGCAGAAUGGGUCGGAAGAGAAACCGAAGAUAGCCAACGCAGACUCGGAGCUGGGUGCUAAACUGAUGCGGAGAGAUGAGCUGAACGAGGGGCAGGGAGAGCGCUGCCAGCCCAGCAUGAGGGUCUUCAACCCCUACACCGAGUUCAAAGAGUUCUCCCGAUCCCAGAUCAGAGACAUGGAGAAGAUGUUCAAAAUGUAUGAUGCUGGGAAAGACAACUACAUUGACCUGAUGGAGCUGAAGCUGAUGAUGGAGAAGCUAGGAGCUCCACAGACACACCUCGGCUUGAAAAACAUGAUCAAGGAGGUGGACGAGGAUUUGGACAACAAGCUCAGCUUCAGAGAGUUCCUCCUGAUCUUCAGGAAGGCGGCAGCAGGAGAGCUGGCAGAGGACAGCGGCCUCUGUGUCCUCGCUCGUCUUUCUGAAAUCGAUGUUUCAACAGAGGGGGUCAAAGGAGCCAAGACUUUCUUUGAGGCCAAAGUCCAUGCCAUCAGUGAGUCCAACCGGUUUGAGGCGGAGAUCCGCCAGGAACAGGAUGCCAAGAAGAAGCAGGCUGAGGAGCAGAAACAGAGACGUGCUGCCUUCAAUGACCUGAAAUCAGCUUUCAAAUGAAUGCUUUACUCCUCUCAGCACCUGUUACUGUGUGUGUGGGGGUGUGUGUGUGUGUGUGUGUGUGUGGGUGUGUGUGUGUGUGUGGGUGCAUGUGUGGGUGCGUGUGUGUGUCUAGAAUCAUCUAUUCAUUUAGAUUUGUAGCUCAGUAACAAGUUUUAAGCAGGUUUACAAAACUAAGUGAAUGGAUGAUUCUUAUAGGAACAUCAAAGAGACAAUUGUUACCAUCGAAUAUCAACUUUGUGGUCACUGUAUUGGCACAGUGACGGUGCUGACAUACAGGGUUCUAGCAGGAAAUAGUUGAUAUGAUUGUCUUCAUAACAAUUAUCCAGAAUAGUAAAAAUCUUGCCUCAUAGCAUAAUAAACUGCUGUGCAGUGUUUUGGAGGCUAAUAAGCCUUCAGACUCGUGGAUCUUUGACUCCAUUUGGCCUUCCUGAGUUGUAUAUGUUUGUCCGAACAUCCAGUACCUGCUGUGUUUGCAGCUUAAAUCUGUACCUAGUGUCCAUUUCUUGGUAUUUGCAUAGAGUCGUAAUGAAAGCACUUACUGCGCCGCUAAAUGUUUGUCUUUACUCAUCGCUGAACAUAGAUUAAAUCCACAGCACUUCUGUCAAUCCAGUCAGCGUUAAAUGUUGAACAAAUAACUGAGCUCUACAUUUUUACUGUCAGCUCUUAUUUUUGUAAAAUGGGUUUGGAAUUUUUUAGAAUUAGGUAGUUGGGGUUUAGGAUGGUUGUGGUAGUGGUCACUCUUUAGGACCAUGAUUUGUAUGGGUCAUACAGCUUUAAAAAACAACUUUAGAAAACAAAACUUUUAGUUUCAGCCAUUAUUCCUAUCAGCUCUGUUAACAUUGUUUUCAUCUACUUCAGUGCUGAGAUAUAGGGGCAGUAGAGAUUUGCUGUAGAGUAAGCUGGAAGUGGAAGUUAAACACCCACAUGGCUGAGGGACUACAUCCUGGUUCUAGAUUGAUUGUGUUUACUGUAGUUGAAUAUAAAAAAAACGCUUUGGUUUUAUUUUCAGAACAGUUCAGUGGAUCGAUGGUUUGGACUGGUGGUCCCUUAGCUCAUAAAAUAUACCGAGUGAAAUGUUUUGAUUAGAAAAGUGGAAAAAUUGGAAAAAUAACCAGGAUUAUGUAAGUUUUUUUAAAGCAAUGUGGUAACACUUAACAAUGACCAUCAUUAACGGUAAAUUAAUAUUUUAAUUAAUAGUUAAUUGAAACUUAAUUGAAAGUAAAUAGUUAUUUGACUGUUAACAACAAUGACAAUGCUUUGUAAACCAUGUAUUAAGUAAUUGUAAAGGUUUCUAAACAUCAGUUGCAUUUCUAUGAUAACCAUCUUAAUAAGGUUUAUGGAUGAACUACACAGUAUUUAUUAUGGGUAGACUGAUUAUCUGUCUAGCCAAUUAUUGAGGACGAUAUGAUGCAUUUUCAUGAUUAUCGCUGCUGGUGAUGUUUGUGUCUUAUUGCUGAUAAAAUGUGUAUUUUUAAAAAAUAUAGUUACUGGCUUUGAUGCAGCAUCCUUUCUCUGUUAGUGGUCACCAGUGAAGACAAACACCGAUGUCAAGAAUAAUAGCUGUUCAGCACUAAAUAAUCUGAAUUUGCUUGCUAGUUAUCAAAUAAAUGAAGUGGAUGAAGUAGCAGGAAAUGAAAAUAUUGAAGCAGAGUAUCUUUAAAUUGUACAUAAGUAGUACUUGAGUAAAUUGCAGUUGUAGUUCCAUCACUGGCUUAUUCUUGAUUAUGAGACUAAGAUGUUUAUUUUUCCUGUAAACGUAGAACAGUUCCAGUUAUUGGCUUUCAGAGUAUAGCAAACAGGGGUUGCACCUGUACAAUAAACAAUUGUUUGAUAAAUGGUUUAUAAAGCAUUAUUGUACAUUAACCGUGAAAUAACUAUUUAUUGUAGGUUAAUGAAAUAUUACUUUACCAUUUAAUAAUGACAGUUAUGAUAUAUUGAUAGUCAACAUGUUCCCAUUGUAUGCUCUUGCCCCAUCAUGAAACUGGAGCAUGCAUUACCAUUUGUGCCAUGAUAGCAGUUAGACCAGUACAAUUUGUGGUGUUUGAAAUGUACAUUAUUUAUUCACUGCCAGGCUUUCUGCCAUCAGUAAAGUAGAUUUUGACCAUUUGCCAUUUUAGCAUUGUCUGUGUCAGCACUCUGAGUUGACCAAAUAUGGUAAGGAAAGGGAACAGUGAGUCCCUCCAGAGAUUUGAGUAGUGCUUCCUCUCUUCUGAAAUGCUGUAUACAUGUACUAUCAGAAGUACAGUAUUACAUAUUUUCUUACUAAGAUCAUCAAAUCCUUGUCCAGGAAUUAAAACGAGGCUUAUUCCUGUUUUUUUGUGUUCAUUGUCUGUAAUCAGGUAAAUCUUUUUAGCUAAAUGAUUCACAGUUUGCACUUGCUUGGCCAUUUGAUUUAAGUUUCUUAAUCAAGAGAUAGUAGGUUUAACCUUUAUAGUCUUGUUCACCUUGAUUCAACAUUAUUGUCUGUCUUUUAAAUUUACAGUGUUAAUCCUACAGAUUUUUUGUGGAUUGAGCUCAUGGAUUCACCUCAAGCAAAUCAGCGCAAGAACUAUUAGACCAUAGACUAUUCAAAUAAUUGACUGCUGUUAAUUUGACAGAUAAUCCAGCAGCACCACAUCUUCUAUAGUACAAAAGCUCAUAUCCUACAAUGAUAUGGGAUGUCGCUUGUAAUGUAACCUAUAUAGUUCAAUCAUUUAAACCCUGUGUGGCUGUGCCCUUAUAGAGUCGUUAGGGUUACAUGUGAGCUGUUUACCAACCCAGCGUUAAUGUGGGACUGUGAGCGUCAGAGUUCACAGGUGACCUUAAUGACUCGUAGGCAACUGGACUUGUUUCAGUUUCUUGAAGAUGUUUCACCUCUCAUCCAAGAGGCAUCUUCAGUUCUAACUAACUGGAGGGGAGGUGCAGGCUUUCAAACCCAGAGUGGGAAUUUCCUUGCAGAGUCAUUAAGGACAUGUGUGAGCUCUGGGUUUCAGAGUUGUUAGGGCCAGUUAUCGGUCGCUGACUUAACCGGCCUUCAUGUUGGUUACUAGGGCUAGGUGAGCCCAGGUGUGAAUGGUUGUUAAGCUUUGUGUGGAGGGAACACAGUACUGCAUUGUAGGUGGGUGAUAAGUCAUGUCGUAGACCACCUCCUCUGUUCAAAGAUGGUUGUUACAGUUUGACAUAGAUCAAACUGGAACUCAUCUUUCAAACCAUCUGUCCUCUCUUGCCAAGAUGUUUAUAUUGUUGUUAAAGGUAUUAUUUUUCUCCUUCAGAUGUCAGUGGACAGCACAGUCUUGAUCUGAGGAGUUGGCCUUCCUGUGAUGUGCCAGAUUACUUAUCACCCACCUACAAUGCAGUACUGAGUUCCCUCGCAAGACAGCUUAACAACCAUUCACACCUGGGCUUAUCUAGCUUUAGCAACACAGGUGAAGGCCAGUUGGGAACUUUGGAUGACUGAGAACCUUCAUCAACAUGACACACAGUCACACAGGGUUUAAAGCCCGCACCUCCCCUCCAGUUAGUAGGGGUGGUCAGCCAAUAGAGCACAAUCCUUGAGCCACAAAAAAAUGAAAAUAAUAAAUUAAAUGAAUUAUAUGUAUUAUCAUCAUUUUAUAAUUUCCUUUAUAAAUAAUAAAUAAUAAACUUU